CCUGCUGGAUCUGGAUCGAGGCAACCGUGCCUCGACCCCAUCGACGCCCCUCGCCGGACCGCUCCCCCCCUGCCGGACCCCCCCCGCCGGACUGCCUCCCCGUCACCCGGUCGUCUUCACCCUCCUCCUCACGCCCGCUGCCUCCGACCCUACAAAUCGCAGUGAGGCCCCGCCUCCCUCCGCUCCGCUCGGACACCGCACGCUGCUGCUCUGCGCGCCUCUACUCCCUCGCGCCGACGUGCACGCGCGCGCACGCCGCCACAGUCGCGCCCACUCGCCUCGUCACCGCGCCCGCAGCCCCGCUCGCUCCUUCCGUCACGCGACGUCGCCCCUCGCCCGCGCGCUCCCGCGCGCCCAUGGCCGCGCCUCCUCUCCUGCCGCUGCUUGCCCCCGCCGCCCCGUGCGCCACCCCGCGCACCACGUCCCCGGCCGCCUCUGUCCCGCUGCUCGCCGCCACGCCCCGCCGUCCACCGCCGCGACCUCCCGCCUUCCCAGCGCCGCCCCCUGUUGCUCCGGCCAAGCCACCCCGCGGCCACUGUCGUGGCUCCCGCCGGGCCGCAGCCGCUGCUGCGCCGUCUUCGACCGCCGCAUCCCACCCCGAGCUUCCUUGCUCGUCGCCUAUGCCGCACGACCGCGGUCCCGCACCAUCCCGCCUCGCACGCGCAAGCUCGACGUCGCGUCCUGCCCCGCCGCACGCGCCUGCACCCAGCAUCCACUGGCGUGCCCUGCCCCGUGCAGCUCCUUGCUCCGCUGGCCACGCGCGCUCGCCUUUGGCUUCUGCGCCAUUGGCGCCUGCUGCCGCCCAGGGCCAUGCACCGCUCCCCCUGCCACAGCGCCGCUGCCCCGCCGUGCGCGAGCGCGCACACGCUCCCUUGCGCCGGCUCGCCUCGCACCGCGGCCGCGUUAGAUACCCCGGGGCUUCGUUACACACGCGCCCGCUAACCCUCCCCGUUGCCUCCACUGUGACACAAACUGCCGGGGCCCACCCC